UGUCUUGGAAAUGAUGAGAGAGGUAGAUUUGAUAAUGUUGUCAUCAUGGGAACUAAGCACUACAGAGAUCUUCUUAAUAAACUUGCAGGACCCAUGGUGAAAGUGCUUAUAGAAUCAAAAUUAACUUCUGAAAAAGUUAAAUUCCUUGUGAAAUCAGAGAAGGAAUAUUCAAAUGGCAGAACGCUGUGGAUUUUAACUACAAGUCUUUACUCCAUAUGUGAACUGGACAACCAUCCAGAGUGCAAGUCAUGUAGUAAUAGAUUGCAGUAUCUCUUCACUCGUUCUCAACCCUCCAAGACAGAAAUUGCUGAAAAGGUGCAAGAUAUUUUAUAUCAUACUAACAAAACAUGCUCAUCGAUACAGACUGAUCUGGGCCUUAAUGGCACAGUGCUUAUUGUUCCUCCAAUCCCAGCUCGUAUUGUGCAGGAAGCAGCAUCCAGAAGUCAUGAUGAGCUUCACAGAAUGUGUGAUAUGCAUGGUACCCCAUGUGCUAGUGAUGUGGUUCUGUUUAGACUUCAUAUAUUUUACAAUAUUUUGUGUGAUGCUUGGUCGAGUUUGGCUAUUGAAUGGCUUUUACCAUUUGGGAAGCAGUCCCUUUUCCAUGAUUUUCAAAAUGCAUUUAGAGGCAAGAACCUUUUAUCUAUUAAAAAUAAAGAACCUCAUGAGUAUGUAGAGAAGCAAUGGCUAUUAAUAGUGAAUGUUCUAAUACAAAUGGCUCUUGAUGGUACUCUUUCUAAAGAUUAUGACUUACCUAACUUGAGUAAUCUAAAGGAUCUGUCUGCUGGUAUGCUGACAUUGCACCAUAAAGAGCCUGUUAAUGCUGAAAGUGAUGAAAACAGUGAACAGGCAAAUAUAUUUGAACAUUGUGUUAUUGUGGGGAACUCAUCAUUUUUCACCGAGUUGAAAGAAAUGUUGAAAGGUUUGCCAGUUUCAUUUCUUGAGAAAUCAAUGGAUUUGGAUGAAGAGGGAGUUAACUAUUAUUAAAGCAGAAAAAGACAACUACCCUGAGAACACAGUAUGGCUUAUUAUUCGUGGUGUGUCAGAAAUAGCAGAGCUCACUGAUGUAUCACCAAGGUGUGAGGAAGCAAAGUGUGAUGACCCUUUAUAUGUGUUUGUUCUGAAAAAUGAUAAAACCGGUAAUCCAGAUUUCAAAGGAUUAAGUAUAUCUGAGAUGGUUGAAAAAGUGUUGACUCGGGUUAUAGAAUUUUCCCUUACUGUUACAAAACACUUACAUGAUAGGUCAGGUGUGUUUCUGGCCCCUAUUAUACCUGUUUCAGCAUAUUUUGGAGGCAUUAAUUCUGCUUUGUCUCAUGACAAGCUACAUGAGUAUGCAGAUAAGGAUCCCUCCAUCCCUGUCUUGGCCGGGUCAUCUAAAGAGUGGAUAUCAUCAGUACUUGAAUUAGAUAAACAAUGGUUGAAAAUGAUUCUAGACAUGUGAAUGAAGAAU